AUGUCAAAGCGUUUCUUUGAAGGUGCUCAGCAUGCAGCUCGUUAUGCAUUAAAUCGACCAACAUAUCCACCAGAGUUAAUGAAAAAAAUCAUGGAUUUUCUUGGCACGAAGUAUACAGGCAAGUACGAUUAUGCGGUUGAUAUUGGCUGUGGUAGUGGACAAAGUACUGAAAUUUUAUCACCUUAUUUUGAAAAAGUUUAUGGUUACGAUGUGAGUGAAAAUCAAAUAAAAGAAGCAAGAACAAGAAAUACGAUAUCAAAUAUUGAGUACAAAGUCAGUACUAAAAAUGUCAUACCACAUGCCGAUGAAUCGCUAUGUUUAAUUACGGUUGCACAGGCAGCACAUUGGUUUGAUUUACAACAGUUUUAUACCGAAGCAAAUCGUACUCUUAAAGGAAUGGGCGUAUUAGCUAUCUAUGGUUAUGGAUUAGUGAAAUUUGAGGAUGAACAUGCUUCAGAACUCGAUAAGAUUUUUCAAAAUUUCUACGACAAACUAAAACCCUAUUUUCCACCAGAUCGAAUUCAUAUUGACAACAAAUAUGCUGGUAUUAUUUUACCGUAUGAAGAAAAAAUUCGAGAUGAUAGUGUAAAAAUAAAAUAUGAAUGGAAUCUUGAUCGUUUUUUAGCUUAUGUUUCAACAUGGUCAGGAUAUGUUCAUUAUAUGGAAAAAUAUCCAGAUAGAGAUAUUUUGUUUGACUUACGACAUGAUUUGUUUAAAGCAAUGAAAACAGAUAAUGAAAAUGAACUGAUGAGACUUUAUUUUGAAACUUUCCUUUUACUUGGUCGUAAAAAAAAAUGA